GUGGGACAGACGGGCAGGGCAUGAUGGUGGUCGGUACAGGCACGUCGCUGGCGCUCUCUUCCCUACUGUCCCUGCUGCUCUUCGCUGGGAUGCAGAUGUACAGUCGCCACCUGGCCUCCACGGAGUGGCUCACCAUCCAGGGCGGCUUACUUGGCUCUGGCCUCUUCGUCUUCUCCCUUACUGCUUUCAAUAACCUGGAGAAUCUUGUCUUUGGCAAAGGAUUCCAAGCAAAAAUCUUCCCCGAAAUUCUCCUCUGCCUCUUGUUGGCUCUUUUUGCAUCCGGCCUCAUCCAUCGAGUCUGUGUCACCACCUGCUUCAUCUUCUCCAUGGUUGGUCUGUACUACAUCAACAAGAUUUCUUCAACUCUGUACCAAGCAACAGCUCCAGUCCUCACACCAGCCAAGGUCACGGGCAAGGGCAAGAAGAGAAACUGACAUUCAUUGUGCAAUAAAGUUGAUCCUUUGUA